AUGAGUCGCCUCCACCGCCACCCCUACAAAUACAAAUCACCACCACCAUCUCCUUACAAGUAUGAGUCUCCACCAUCACCACCUUACACGUAUAAGUCACCUUCUCCGCCGCCAUACAAAUAUGAAUCUCCAUCGCCACCACCUUAUAAGUAUAAAUCACCUCCACCACCACCACCACCCUACAAAUAUAAGUCACCACCACCUCCUCCCUAUGUGUACAAGUCUCCCCCGCCACAAUCUUACAAGUACGAAUCACCUCCACCACCACCCUACAAGUACAAAUCACCACCGCCGCCGCCUUACAAGUAUGAAUCACCUCCACCUCCGCCAUACAAAUAUGAGUCUCCAUCACCACCACCACCUUACAAGUACAAGUCACCUCCACCACCGCCAUACAAAUAUGAAUCUCCACCACCACCACUUUACAAGUAUGAAUCACCUCCACCAUCACCUUACAACUAUAAGUCACCACCACCUCCUUAUGUGUACAAAUCUCCCCCACCACCACCUUACAAGUACGAAUCACCUCCACCGCCUCCCUACAAAUACAAGUCACCACCACCACCACCUCCUUACAAGUACGAAUCACCUCCGCCACCACCCUACAAAUACAAAUCACCACCACCACCUCCUUACAAGUACGAGUCACCUCCACCACCGCCAUAUAAAUACGAAUCUCCAACACCACCUCCAUAUGUUUACAAGUCUCCACCACCACCGCCCUACAAAUAUGAAUCACCUCCACCUCCACCCUAUAAGUACGAGUCACCUCCACCACCACCGUACAAAUACGAAUCUCCACCACCACCUCCAUAUGUUUACAAGUCUCCACCACCACCGCCCUACAAAUAUGAAUCGCAUCCACCUCCACCCUACAAAUACGAGUCUCCACCACCACCACCAUACAAGUACGAGUCACCUCCACCACCACCAUACAAAUACGAAUCUCCACCACCACCUCCAUAUGUUUACAAGUCUCCACCAUCACCACCUUCUAAGUAUGAAUCACCACCACCACCACCCUACAAGUAUGAGUCACCGCCAGCUCCACCUUAUGUAUACAAGUCUCCCCCACCACCACCUUACAAGUACGAGUCACCACCACCUCCUCCCUAUCUAUACAAAUCUCCACCACCACCCCCUUACAAAUAUGAAUCGCCUCCACCUCCACCAUACAAAUACGGGUCAUCACCGCCUCCUCCUUAUCUUUACAAGUCUCCUCCACCACCACCUUACAAGUACGAGUCACCUCCACCACCACCCUACAAAUACAAAUCACCACCACCUCCUCCUUAUAUUUACAAAUCUCCACCACCACCACCAUACAAAUACGAAUCACCUCCAGCCCCACCAUACAAAUACGAAUCACCUCCACCACCACCCUACAUAUAA